AGAUCUUUGUUCGUCACAGUGAAAAAUGCUGUCCCAAAAUGUAGCUGACUGUGCAUAGCCUAUCGAUUUAUAACUAACUUUAGGCUGGUGGUAUGAAUCAUUGCAAUGUCCAUCUAUUUGCCACCCAUAAGUGUGGCUGUGGGAGCAAGUGAAGACGGUCUCCUUGUCCAGGACUGUCGCCAGAAAUGAAGAGCCAACAAAAAAGCCCUGAUGCAGAUGGGAGUACUACUGCCAACGAAGAAGGCUCAGUCGCCACUGCAGAAGAUCCAGCUGCAAUUGCAGCUAUCCAGUCUGCUUCCACAUUCACAGAUCAACCCAUCAAAUACUUAUUCAAGACAGAGGGAGGAGUUGGACAAGUAACAUACAGAGUGAUCCAGGUGUCUGACAGCCAGUUAGAGGGUCAGGCAGAUGGAGGUGCCGCAGUGAGUCUGGUCACUGGUUUCCCUGCAACCACUCAGGCUGUCACACAGGCUGUCUUCUCCCAGUCAGAAGGGCUUGAAGGAGAUGGCACCACUGAGACACAGUACACAUACUAUCCUGCCAGCAUCGCUGACGCCACAACGGGGACCAUGGUGACCACAGUGCAGGCAUCUGACACGUUGCUCAGCCAGACUACACCCACGGGGCAGCUCUAUGUGAUGAUGUCACCCCAGGAGGUUUUGACAGGAUCCAGUCAAAGGACAAUUGCACCUCGCACUCAACCAUACAUAGCAAAACAAGAGGCUCCUCGUGGUUCCAGGGAUGAGAAACGCCGUGCGCAGCACAACGAAGUUGAGCGCAGACGUCGGGACAAAAUCAAUAACUGGAUCGUGCAGCUGUCGAAGACAAUACCAGAUUGCAACAUUGAUUACACCAAGACGGGACAGAGUAAAGGGGGAAUAUUGUCCAAAGCCUGUGACUACAUCAAGGAACUCCGACAGAGCAACCUGAAGUUGGGGGAAGAUCUCAGCGCCCUCGAUCGACUUCGGAUUGACAAUCAGCUUCUCCGACAGGAGGUAGAAGACUGGAAAUCCAAGAAUCAGAUCCUGAGGAAUGUGCUACGUCAGCAUGGAAUUGUGGGAUCAUCCAGUACGGACCCACAGUGAAAAGGCUUUGAGGAGCAGCUUUUUGAAGACAACCGCACACGGGCCAAAACAGUACUUGAAAUGCUUUGACUGAGACUCGUGAGGCUUGUCAAGCGUGCAUGAUGUAUAAGGAAAUAAUUGAAUAUUGUCCUAAAUAUUCAACCCAUUGUCUGAAAAUGACACCUUUAAUAUUUUUAAGGGUUUAAAAGUACUUAUUUUAUGCCAAUCUUCAUUGCAUUUCAUUUGAAAGCGAUGAACCGGUCGUCAAAUACCUUCCUCCUACAGCUGUUAGUUCAGCAGUCUCUUUAGAAAGCUCCAUGUGAUGACUGACUGACGGCCUUUCCACAUUGCACUUAGCAACCCGCAGCGCGCCAUUGAGCAAGCCAUUCAUUGCUUAUGUGCUACAAGGAUGGAACGUCGCGUUGCACAAAGUAGGUGCCUGCUGACGUCACUGUAAUACCACUCUCAAAUUGAAAAAUCAGGGGCUAGCGGAGUGAUUUCAGAGUGCGAACAGCAGGACUAGCCUCCCUGUUACUUUCUCGUACUCUCUGUUGCUACACAAGCACUUCUAAAUACUGGCUUGCUUGUUGUUGCGCGCUACCCC